AUGGCGACAACACUGCAAAGCGUGCUGCCCGCUCCAAAGUACGCGGCCGCCGUGUCAGCCCGCGACGAGGACGAGGACGACGUCUACGACAAUGCCGAAGCAGGACCCUCGACCUCCGCUUCUUCGUCAAGCACGUCCAGCAUCCCUCCCUAUGGCCAACGAGCAUCAUGGCGACCACGCACACAAGCCGACUUCGGCAACGGAGGAAGCUAUCCGGAAUGCCACAUCGCACAAUAUCCGCUCGACAUGGGUCGAAACAGAUCUGCAGGCACGAGCAACAAGCUCGCCAUGCGCGUAGACGGCGAGGGCAACAAACGAUACGAUGCGAUCGUUAAACAGGGCUUGCGCCAAGGCCAGACCGUACAAUCAGGCUUCAAAGAUUUGGUGCCGCUCUCGCAGCGCACCGAUCUCAAGGAGAAGGACCGUGCAUCUGGCUUCGAGCGGCCCUCGCAGGAAGAGGUCAUGAGCAACACCGAACGAACUCGCCUCGCUCUCGAAGCUGUCGCCAAGGGAAAGACCAGGUCCGCUCUUCCAAAAGCCGCUACUGGUCCUGACGGCAAGCAAUUAGCGCAAUUCAUCCGCUACACUCCGGGCCAACAAGGUGCAGGAAACGGCACACAACGCAUCAUCAAGAUGACCGAAGCGCAGCGGGAUCCGCUCGAACCGCCUCGUCAUCGCCUCCGUAAAGCUGCUGCAGGUCCACCUUCCCCGCCGCCUCCCGUCCUUCGCUCGCCACCACGCAAAGUGACCGCACAGGAGCAAAAAGACUGGAUGAUCCCACCCGCCAUCUCCAACUGGAAGAACAACAAGGGCUACACCAUCCCGCUCGACAAGCGACUCGCCGCCGACGGCAGCGGCAUCAAGGACGUGGUCAUCAACGACAACUUUGCGCAGUUUGCCGAGGCGCUCCAUCUCGCCGACCGACAUGCGCGAGAGGAGGUGCGUCAGCGAAGUAUCAUGCAGCAGAAGCUGGCGGCUAAGGAGAAGGCGGCCAAGGAGGAGCAUUUGCGAAAUCUUGCGCAGCGUGCGCGAGAAGAGAGGGCUGGGUUUUCGUCUGCUACGCCGUCGGUGUCUGGACGUGGGGAUGACGACGAUGUCGCUUCGCGGCUGGACGACUCGGAUGCGCCGGCAAGUUCGAGAGCUGCGCCGCCGGGUGGAGGCAUGUCGGCAAUGCUCGCAGGCUACGGCUCCGACUCGGACUCGGCAUCCGGUUCCGACCGAUCCGCUGCGAGUGACGACGAGGACGAAGGUGCCCGGGAACGCGAUCGCAUUCGAGAAGAACGUCGUCGAGAACGAGAGCGCGAGCUGCGCAUGUCCAAUAUGGGCACCGAACAGCGGGCCAAGCAGAUGAUGCGCGAGCAAAACCGUGACAUCUCCGAAAAGGUGGCACUAGGACUUGCCAAGCCAACGGCUUCGAAAGAGUCGAUGACCGACAGUCGCCUGUUCAAUCAGGAAAGUCUCUCGGCGGGCUACGGCGACGAAGACUCGUACAAUCUGUACGACAAACCGCUGUUCUCGGGCAGUUCCGCCGCGGCUGCUAUCUAUCGUCGCCCUGCUGGCCGUGGUGGCGCAGAUGACAUCUACAACGGAGCAGGAGACGAUGGUGCGCUCGAGGAGGAGCUGGAGAACAACGACCGCUUCGGACUGGGCCAGAGCAAAUUCAAGGGAGCAGAGGCAGAUGGUGAGGGUGCAGCGCCCGGUGGUGGUGGAACAAGGUCUGGUCCAGUUCAGUUCGAGAAGGAUGCAAGCGAUCCUUUCGCCAUCAAUCAGUUCUUGGAAGAAGCCAAAAGGGGCAUCAAACGGUCAUCUGGGCUGGAGACGGCCGAGUCUCGAAAGAAGCACAGGGACGAGGACGAUUCGUAG